AUGGCUUCACCGAUGCCGGAAGCAAAGCCUAGCGGUGCUACAUCAAUCGCCAAGUCUUCAGCGUAUGUUGGUGGAGGAGCGGGAGCGCUUGGAGCAGCUUUUGCUGCCGCUCAUGCUACACUAAAAGGUCGCAACGCUGCUCUAUGGGGUGCAGCUGCAGGCUUUCAAUGUUUCGUCCUUGGCUCGACCUUUUGGUUUUCUAGGGAUGUACUUCGUAACAACGUGGAUCAAGGACAGGGUCUGUCGUAUAGAGAUGAUCUCUUGUACAGCGGAUUUGCAGGAUCAUUGGCAGGCAUGGCAGGAGGCGCUAUGCGAAGCCGUGGUAACAUCAUUCCUGGUGCAAUUGUUUUCGGGUUGGUCGGAUUAGGCGGUCAAGCCGGUCUCUCUGCGUUGGCAGGACGUAUCGAUGCACCAGACCGAGAGCGUCGACCUAUACUAGAUCGACUGUCUGAUUCUAAGUGGUGGCCCUUAAAAUCGGUAUCUGAUGAGGAUUAUGAGCGGGAGUUGACUGAGAAGAUUGUGGGACUUGAGGCAGAGCUUGAAGUCAUCGAUGAAAAGAUUGCGCUGCUGAGACGGGAGUCUACCGGAAUAACGGACAAGACCUGA